AUGAAGCUCAUCCGAUACGAUAUUAUACUUGAAUCAUAUUUCUUCCGCGACCCGAAAGAAGCGGCGAUGGGAUAUGAAGAUGAAUCAUAUUUCGUCUGGUCUGAAAACAUCAGGCCUGCUUCGGUGCCAAAAUCGAACAACCGAGUCAAUCGUCUCUGGAAGGCCGUUGUUGGGGAGAUGUGCGAGGUAGCGCAAAUCCCUAAGCCAUACGAUCAGUCGGACAAAUACCUUACCUGCACAAAGCCGGCAAACGCUACUCAGGACUGGCUCUGGAAAGACAAAGGCAUCUGGACCAUAAACAAGUGCCCUGAAGGACAACUGUACGAUAUGGUAGCGAUGUCGUGUCGAACUAAGAACGAAAUUUCAAAGCAACUGUCUUCAUACAGGCUUACAAAGAUUGUCCAGCCGACGCCAUGCAUGAGUGGACAGUGCGCUUCUCUGUCGGGCACAGUAUCUGGCACAGUAUCUUCGAUGAAUUCAUUCGGACCGUUUCCUUAUUCGACGAACGCUAUUGGUUACCCUGGAUCUAUGGGCUCGAUGGGAUAUCCUGGAUCGAUUGGCUCCAUGUCAGGACCAAUGGGAGGAAUAAACGUAAUGCCCAUUGGUUCCGCUGGAGGAAUGGGUGGAAUGGGCUUGGGAGGUAUCGGAUCAAUGGGAUCGCUGUCAGGUUCAGGGAUGGGCCUACCAAUUUAUAUGCCUCAGUCAUGCUCGAACGUACCUUAUAGUGGCGUUGGAGCACAGAUGGGACAGGGUUGCAACUGGCUACUGGCACCUCUAGUUGCGAUUCGAGGAAGUUUCAGCGGUUAUCUACAGUGCAUGCCCACUGGAGGUUCAUCAUGUGGAACGUGGAACGCCUUCAACUGUCCUUCGAAUUCGUACUUUAACCCGGUCUCUCAGCUGUGCUCCUAUUCCAGUCCUUACACUGGCUCACCGUUCAUGACCGGUUAUGGAACAAACAUCGGAAUGGGAAGUGCCAUUGGAGGUGGCAUGUAUGGUCCCUCAUUUGGGUAUCCAGUGCCUGGUAUUUCACAACCAUAUGGCUCUGUAAUUUCUGGAGGUCCUGGUCCAGUAAUUGGAGGAACCGGUAUUAGUCCAAUUCUUGGCAGCUCCGGCAUCUCAGGGUCUCCAGGAUACAUGCCUGCAGGCCAAAUUUCUAUGGGUGGUUGCAUGUCAAACUACAUUUACGGUGGAUGUAACAGUAUGAAUCAAUGCCCCGGAUAUUCAUCAUGUAACAAAAUACCUUAUCCCAUUUUCAAAGCGUCGGACGAAAAUGCAAAAGAGGUAUUUGUCACUUUUUAUCAUCAGGAGUCACUGGCAAAAAAUUUCAGGGAAACGAUAAGAGCAAAGUGGAAGUAG